AUGUCUUCGUUUCGGUGGCUCUCCUUCGCCCACCAGAGCCUUUCAGAGAUCCCGUAUGAAGCCAUACUAACACAAAGCGACACCCUGGAAGUGCUCGACCUGAGUUACAACCUUCUGGACGAUGUCUAUUGGAACCCAAUUCUCUUGGGUCAGCUGGAGCGGCUCAGCACCUUGAUCCUUGACUGCAACAAUUACACCUCUCAUGUUAAGUUCCCCUAUAUGCCCAGUGUCACCACCGUAUUCAUCAACAAGAACAAGAUCAACAACCUCCCGCUCUUCGUGGAGGAAAUUCGCCAAAAGUUCCCAAACAUCAAGAUCCUCAGUAUGAUGAACAACGAGGCAGCACCAAGCUAUUUCAAUGGAGGAAGUCUGACUCAGUAUACAGACUAUAGGCAGUACGUCAUCAGCCAGAUCUCAAGGUUGGAAAUUCUGGAUGACACCGAGGUACUUCAGAAGGAAAGAGUCCAAGCUAGGAAAACCUACAAGAUACAGCGCAGCAGUGAAAGAACUCGGAAAAGGAGGGGGCUUCAUCGAUGA